CUCCACCUUCUCGCUCGCGCUCUACAGGAUCCAUGUCGCUCCGGAUGCUGAUCCCGCUUCUCACCUUUGGUGCGCUCGCCUCUGCUGCGCCGGUCGAGCGGGCACUUGCAGACGACAGCUGCACUGCCAAGUGGCCUGACAGCUACUGCACAGGAGACGAUACUUGCCACGGACACCCGAAAACGAAAUGCGGCGGGGCCUCGCCAGCUCCAACUCCGCCGUCUGAUCCGGCGGGCACCCUCUUCCUUCUGUUCGAGGCGCUCGGCGAAGGCAUCUCGGACUGGCAUGCUUUGCCAGACUCGUCCGCAUUCGGCAAGGUCGGCAUCAACGUGCCCAACUUCUUGAAGGGAUCCUAUAGCAUUGAGCUCUGGUCGCAGGUCGAGAGCCAAGUUUCGACUCCCACGGAGCGCUGGUUGAACAUCUACUUUGGCAAAGACGCCUUGCCCGCCCUUGCGCAGUGCAACUUCGCCGCCAACGACACGGCGCACAAGGCUUGCUCUGCAGCGCUCGCGGAUUACAUCGACGCCGAGUACGCCGGCGCAGACCUCACGGGCAUCUCUUUCGACGACGAGGUUGGUGACCCGAGGUUCAUCGUUGCAGCCAUGGAAAGCUACGCUGCCGACCACGGCCUCCUCCUCGGCUGGAGCCAAACCCUGAAGGCCAUGGAGAGGGAAUCACCGCGCGGCCUGGGCAGCACGAAGUGGGACUACAGCUGGGGCCAAGCAUACACGGACGACACUACUCUGCUCUAUGCCGCGAAGGGUUGCGCUGCGUCGGGCGACUUUUGGGAUCUCGUCGCGAAGAGCCACCCGGUGGCUAAUCACUGGUGGAGCGAGCACAUGGUGCCCAUGGUGUGCGGCGGGGGCAACUGCCAAGAGCCACCCGCGAGCUACCGUGCGGGCGACGAGUGCGUCGACGAGCGACUCUCGCCUGCAGCGCUCGACGCCCUGUUUGCAGCGCGGGCUGGGUUCGCAAACGCCGCCGUAUGGUACGGGGCGGUUGCGGCUGAGACCGGCGGGAUCGACGGAAACACCUGCUACCUCUCCGCCGCCAAGGGCGACUGGAAGAAGGGCUGCGUUGAGGACGGAAUUGCGUACAAAAAGAAGGCGUGAAACGUUGUCUUGCUGCGUACUUGAACAUGGUCCAUUGUUUGCAGCACUCUGUUCAUUAGCUCCUCGUCUCUGCGUGCCCUUGUCCAUUGUUUGCCGCACUCUGUUCAUUAGCUCCUCGUCUCUGCGUGCCCUUGUCCGUUGUUUGCAGCACUCUGUUCAUUAGCUGCUCGUCUCUGCGUGCCCUUGUGCUUGUCCAUUGUUUGCAGCACUCUGUCCAUUAGCUCCUCGUCUUUGCGUGCCCUUGUUUGCAAUUCUCUUAGCUCUGACGAGGGAGUUUUGUUGUACAUUUCUUUUUCUCAGUGUUAGUGCCAGUGCGCGCCAGUCCCGUGCCCAGUGUCGUGAGAGGAGCUUGUGAAAUUCUUUCGUUCUCGUCGCGUGUGGCGUGAAUCGUGCUGUGCUACGCGGCUGCCUGUGCGACCGGGCAGUAAAAUUCUUUUUCUCGAGAGC